AUGAAAACAUCAAGAGAGUUGUGGAAUGCUCUUGAAAAGAAGUACAAGACUGAAGAUGCCGAACUUAAGAAGUUUAUGGCCGCCAAAUUUCUGUAUUUCAAAAUGGUUGACGACAAAUCUGUCAUAACGCAAGUCCAAGAAUUGCAAGUGAUUGUUCAUGACCUCCUUGCUAAAGCAUUUCAAGUUGCGACAUUUAUUGAAAAGUUGCAUCCACUGUGGAAGGACUUUAAGAAUUACUUAAAAUAUAAGCGCAAUGAGAUGACGCUUGAAGACCUUAUUGUUCGUCUACGGAUUGAAGAGGACAACAAGGCUACUGAGAAGAAGUCCUGUGGUAACUCAACAAUAAGGGGAGAAAAUAUUGUUGAGGAAGCGUCUACAAGCAACAGAAAGAGAAAGAAGCCCGCCUGCUUGGUCGGAAAUCCCAAGGAGUGGUGGAUUGAUUCUGGAGCCACUCUCCAUAUUUGUGCUAACAAAAAGUUAUUUGCCUUUUAUGUUCCUGUGGGACCCGCUGAGACUAUCUUUAUGGGAAACUCCGCAACAACAAAAAUUGAAGGAGUUGGGAAGAUAUCUUUGAAGAUGACUUUGUACAAAGUUGUGACUCUAAACAAUGUUCUCCAUGUUCCUGAAAUUCGCAAGAAUUUG